AUGCGAGAUGCUGCUGUUGGCCUGUAACAUCGAGCCGCUGCGCUGCAUCCUGCGUGCACAAUGUCACGUCUUUUAUUAUGAUGUGUUUGAGCAUCAAAGCACGAUCGUCUUAUGCACUGAUGCAAAAGCUCUUGUUUUAUCCAUGCAUGUGAAAUAUUAAUUGGCGACCGGUAGAGUCAGGUUACAGUCGGGACCUCCGGCUAGUUGAAAGCCAUACUUGUGUUUCAGAGGAGCCUGGUGCAUUGAAUGCACUGCAUUUGCUUUGCAUCUGAUUGUUUUUCUCAAUUGCUUUGAAUUGUAGUUCAAUGCAUCAACUGUAUGUUUUAAAUCUCAUAAGUCGGAUGCACUCAACCAUUACGAGCAGAAACACGUUGCAUCUGACAUCAGCACGCGCCUUACAGCAUUCUUAUUCGUAAUCUCGACGGUUUUCUUGAUACGUUAAAUCAUUGGUUAACACAGGUUUUGGCAUUUUACAUGUUACUGAACUCAUGCAAUGCAGUUAACGGCUUUGUGUUCCUGCACAUCAAUUUUGAUUGACAGGUGUAAUAGAGGGUGACUUAAGGUCAUAGAGGGACUCAUUACAAAGUGCUGAAAGAUAAACAUCAUGAAUCCUGUUUAUAGCCCUGCAUCAUCAGGGGUUCCUUAUGCCAACCCUAAAGGAAUAGGAUACCCAGCGGGCUUUCCUGUGGGUUAUGCAGCGGCAGCUCCAGCAUACUCCCCUGGCAUGUACCCUGGCGCUAAUCCAGUCUUUCCCUCAGGUUAUGCUCACGGGACCCCUUUCAAAAUGUCCUGCUCCCCAACAACAGGUGCUGUACCCCCCUAUUCCUCAUCACCCAACCCCUACCCUGCUGCAGUCUACCCCAUGAGAAGUCCCUACCCCCAACAGAACCCCUACGCACAGCAGCAAGGCACUUACUACACACAGCCCCUUUACGCAGCACCUCCCCAUGUCAUUCAUCAUACAACAGUGGUCCAGCCAAAUGGCAUGCCAGCGGCCAUGUAUGCCCCUCCCAUCCACCCGCCCCGGCCUAACGGAGUUGCCAUGGGAAUGGUAGGAGGCACCACCAUGGCAAUGUCAGCUGGGACAUUAUUAACUACUCACUCUCCGACCCCAGUUGCGCCUCACCCCUCAAUGCCCACGUACCGCCCGCCUACCACUCCCACCUACAGUUACGUGCCCCCGCAGUGGUGAACAUGACACUGUCGAAAGAUGGUAGAUAUGCAUUCUCACUGUCCAGUAUUUUUACAAUUGGAGCUGACACUACAAGUGUUAUCAGCCAGUUGCUCUUCCUUCCAAACAUAAUGUGAAUCCGACUCCAGUUGGCAGAAGAAAGGAAAGAGUAUCUUCCCAGUCCGGCUCCAUUACUACUUCCCAUCCUUCACUCAUUCUACGACGUAUCUCACGGCUGAAGACCAGACAAGCUCUUCAUGCUGAAUUGUGUUGUGUGGACUGUCUUGCAGUUUUUAGCUAACUCUUUAAUUGGUGAAACCGGAAGGGAGUUGGAAUUAGUUUUAUUGGAAUACCUAUUGAAUGCAUGUAUAUAUUUAAAAGAGGAAAAAAGAAACAAAAAACAAAAGCGCUAGCUCAUUCUACCAGCUAUGACAGAUGCAAAACCAUCAGCAGUUAUCUCAAGCAAAAAUCCAAAGGGAUGGGGGAAAAACAACUGUAUAUUAAAUGCAGUGUCUUAAUUGUUAUUUCAUACAAAAUAUUAAUAACUUUAGCAUUUUAUUUUGUUAUUUUUCCUGGUUUUAAUUUGGGUAUUUGUAGAUUCAGGCAUGGUUUGUUUUCUCUGGGUGACGGUAGGUUUGUUGCUGCUGUGCCCUGAUGAGAAGACGGGCCCCUCUGCUUCAUAUGCCUGUUUUCAUUUGAUAAGUUUCAUCACUCUACAUGCUCUCGCUGCAGUUAAUUGUUGCACUAAUUGCCUCUGUGUGUGUACAUAAAUUGGCUGAUUGAGCUGUAUUGGUGCUGAGAGCAUACUAACUCAUUUGUGUACCUCUGGUUUGGUUUUCUUAACUUUUAAAAGUCUGACCGAAAGAUUAACAUUGGAAUCGCAGUGAUCUGCAGCAUUUUAAAUGGUCAAUUGUUUAUGUAGUUAAUAAAAAAAAAAAAAGAGAAAACUCAAUUAAGUUGAUUUGAUAACACUACUGGUUACAUUUGAGGAGGUGAAUUUGAGAAGUUUAGUUAUUAUUGACCCAAACAUUGCUUGUUACCUCAAAAGUACACCGUAUCUGACUGAAUUUUAUUGUCUUUUUACGUUAUACAUUGCCUAUGUCACGUUGGUUAAAGAAUGUUUUGUAAUGUUUAAUGUGCUUUUGUUUUGUAUUUUCAAGAAAGACCAAAAAAUAAAUACAAUAAUAAAGAGAA